AUGAUCCGGAAACAGGCCCGACAACGGCGCGACUACCUCUAUCGCAAGGCGCUUAUAUUGAAAGAGGCGGAGACGACCGAGAAGCGCGCCCAGCUACGAUCUGCUCUUGCUUCUGGCAAGCCCAUCGACCCCGAAAUCGCAAAGAACAAGGCGCUGCGGAAAGACUACCAAUAUGACGAGUCGCGACCCGAUCGAACAGUCGAUGAGGAGAUGGAUCUCGACGACGAAUACUCCCAGCUGUCGGGAAUCUCGGAACCACGGCUUUUGGUUACAACUUCAAGAGACCCGUCCUCAAGGCUUUCAGCCUUCUCCAAAGAGAUCAGAUUGCUCUUCCCUACAUCCGUUCGGCUCAAUCGUGGAAAUUUGAUUCUUCCGGACAUUGUGCAGUCUAGCAAGUCCAACGGGCUCACAGACAUUGUCCUCCUUCACGAACAUCGCGGUGUACCGACUGCCAUGACCAUUUCUCAUCUUCCCCACGGCCCUACGCUAUCCAUGUCGCUCCACAACGUUGUACUCAGAGCAGAUAUACCCGGAAGUAUCAGAGGAUCCGUCUCAGAGGCUUUCCCACGGUUAAUAUUUGAGGGUUUUAAGAGCCGGCUUGGACAGCGGAUCGUGAAGAUCCUGAAACAUCUUUUCCCUCCGCUCGAUCCCCCGACCACCAAGGCUAAGGUAGGGUCAAGGGUAGUGACAUUUGUGAACAAUGAAGACUCCAUUGAAGUCAGACAUCACGUUUUUGUCCGGACUUCGUACGAUUCUGUCGAGCUCGCUGAGGUUGGACCUCGGAUGACGAUGCGCCCCUUCGAGAUUCGCGGUGGAACCUUGGAAAACAAGGAUGGCGAUGUUGAGUGGCACCUUACACAGUACACUCGUACUGGUAGAAAGAAGGAGUACCUGCUUAGGCGUCGCUGCCGUGAGAGAUCAUGGGGCAAGUACAUUACGAUCAGCGCCCAGAAGAUCGGCUCGUUGCGUGGGCGAAAUGCCGCAACGACGAACAGGACUUGCGCCGGUCAAGCGACGUCGAUGGACGUGAGACGAAGAGAGUCGUGGCAAAGGCACUCAUGGGACUACACGAAGUGGAAGAUGAAGAACGAUGUUGAACUAAAGAUAUCCAAGCCAGAACGCCGUAGUUUCUUGGCGGCUUACAACGGCAAGAUGGUGGAGUGCAGAAAACAGAGACAUCCCAAGCUUCAGGAGAAGACAAGUCAAGGCAGGCAAAAAAGCAUCAAAAUGUUGUUGAAUAAUAUGUAUUACAUCCGAUUGGUUGCGAUUAGUGUGGCCGGCCGUUGA